ACAGUGCAUACACAUCUCUAUAAAUGCAAUGAGGAUGUGAGUGGAGUUGGGGAGAGGGCCCAGAAGAGAAAGAAAACACAAGGGAACAGAAACAUACCAACAAAGCACAAGGGAGAAAGGGAAACAUUGGAGAUGUCUAAGUUGAUGGUAUUGUGAUAAAAAGGAAACGUCUUUUCAUUCAAUUCAUUCUCCAUCCAGUAUUUCCAUUCAUUCAACUCCAUCCCACCCAAACAAAAACAAAAAACAAAAUAAUCCAGUUUGCUGAAGAAGAAGAAGAAGAUCAAAGAGAUCAGAAGGAAGUAGCUAGCUAGAAGAAGGGCAUAAGCAUAAGCUAAUUAAGACUCCACUAAUAUCAUCAAAACACACAGAAAAGCAACCCAAGAAAGGUUUUUUUUUUUUAAGGAUCAAAGAUAUGCAGCCACAAAGCACAGAUGCAUACAUGGGGAGUGGUGCAGGCAAUACUAGGUCAGAUUUGAUGUUCCCAGAAGUGUCUCCGGUUCUUCCCUGGCCGGUUCAGAGCUUCAACCCGGUUACCUUCCCAGCCAACCCGGUCCGUGACCACGACCAGUUUCUCAUCCCGCCGCCACCCUCGCCAUACGGCGGCCUGUUCAACAGAAGGCCGCCGCCGGGCCUGCAGUUCGCUUACGACGGACAGACGUCGGAGCACCACCACCUCCGCCUCAUAACCGACACGCUGGCGGGCCAUGUGGUCCAGCCCGGCUUGGCGGCGCCGUUCGGGCUCCAGGCCGAGCUGCAGAAGAUGACUGCGCAGGAAAUCAUGGACGCUAAAGCUCUGGCCGCUUCCAAGAGCCACAGCGAAGCCGAAAGGAGGAGAAGAGAAAGAAUUAAUAAUCAUCUUGCUAAGCUUCGCAGCCUUCUUCCCAGCACAACAAAGACGGAUAAAGCUUCAUUACUAGCGGAGGUGAUACAACACGUGAAGGAGCUGAGGAGGCAGACAUCAAUAAUCUCGGAGACGACCCAAAUCCCGACGGAGGUGGACGAGUUGACGGUGGACAACGCCGCCGACGACGACGGAAAGGUGAUGAUCAGAGCCUCAUUGUGUUGCGAGGACAGGUCGGACCUGUUGCCGGACCUAAUCAAGGCCCUGAAAGCUCUGAGGCUAAGGACUCUGAAAGCCGAAAUCACCACCGUCGGCGGGCGUGUCAGGAACGUUCUGUUCAUCACCGGAGAAGAAGACAGCGACGGCGACGGCGGCAAUGACCCGCCGGCGUCGCAACAAAGUCUCCAGCAUUGCUCCAUAAGUUCGAUUCAAGAAGCGCUGAAAGCUGUGAUGGAGAAAGCCAGCGGGGAAGAGUCGGCUUCUGGGAAUGCAAAGAGACAGAGAACCAACAAUAUCAAUAUCCUUGAACAACAACAUAGAUCUCUCUGAUAACGUAACAAAUGAUAAUAAUAAAUAGUAAUAACUUACUCUGAUCUUAUGUUGUUUUGCUUUUUUGUUUUUUGCAUGUGUGAGCUUUCUUUGGGGGUGUUUUGUUUGGUUUGGUGAUAUACUGGACAUUAUUGGACACAUUUCACAUAUGGGAUAUGGGAUCAAAGAUUCAGUCCGGCCAACUUUUUUUUUUUUCCUUCCUAAAAUAGAGAAAAUGUCUGGGGGGGGGGGGGGGGGGGGGGUUGAUGUGUUUAUUGAUGAGAAAACCCCAGAAACCUAACGUAGAAUCGAGAAUAUAUGUUUGAUUACGUUGUUGAUUAUCUGGUGCAAACAUGCAGUCUGUUGGUUUGUAAUAUGUUGUGAUAGUGAGGGAGAGAGAGUGUGUGUGAUGACGUUGGGGUUUCAUCAUCUGAUGUCAUGUACGUUCUCACCCACUACCGCCACCGCCACCGCCAGCCGUCCUCCUCCGCCUUCUGAUUGGUGUUUUUAGGUUUCCAGCCGGAGAUACACUAACAAUGCUUGUGGGUUUGAUGGUUUCUGAUUGAUUGAAAAUUGAAAUUGGGGAGUAUGUACAUGUAUAUUAUUGGCCCUCUAUUAUAAUAUAUAAUAUAUCCUUAUUUAAGGUUUUCA